AUGGCCGUACUCAAUAUCGUCGAAGCCUCAAUCGAAGAUUUACAGAAUGCUUUGAACAGCGGUUCAAUUACCAGCGUCGAGCUUGUAGCGCGUUUGCUUCGCCGAAUCAGCACUUACGACUGUCGUGGUCCUGCCCUGAAUUCGAUUCCGAUCCUUAACAAUGACCUUUUCGAGCAAGCUGCCAAGUCUGAUGACCGAAGGGCAUCUGGCGAGAAAGUCAGGCCCCUGGAAGGGAUACCUUAUACGGUCAAAGACAGCUACAAAGUCAAAGGCAUGGUAGCCGCUGCAGGAUCUCCUGCUUUCGAACAUCUGAUUUCCAACGAAGACGCUUUUCUUGUGAAGCUCAUUCAAGAUGCUGGCGGGGUGCUCAUUGGCCGGACAAACAUGCCUGCAAUGGCUUGCGGCGGCAUGCAGAGGGGCAUUUGGGGAAGGGCCGAGAAUCCUUACAACCCAGACUAUCUGGCUGCAGCAUUUGCUUCAGGUUCAUCCAACGGAUCGGCUGUUUCCACAGCAGCAUCGUUCGCAGCUUUUGGGCUUGGGGGCGAGACAGUCUCAUCCGGCAGGUCGCCUGCUUCCAACAAUGCGCUUAUCGCUUACACUCCUUCGAGAACUUUUCUAUCAAAUCGCGGCAGUUGGCCUUUGUAUCCAACAUGCGACGUACCAGUGCCUCAUACAAGAAGCAUGAAGGACAUGUUGACUCUCCUGGAUAUCGUCAUGGUUUCCGACUUUCCGCCUUUGACAGCUUACGAAAAUGACAACCUUCUGCCGGAAAGCUGUCCUCGAAGGCCGGCGGACUGGCAUGCUACUGAGAGAGGCGCAUUAGUGGCACAUGCUUGGAACAACUUCCUUCGAGACUUCAAUGAUUCAAAGCUCCCGGAUAUAUCUGCAGUGGACGCUUCGAGGAUCUAUCCAGACAGUAUGAGGACUGAGGCGGAACUACAACACUUCGAGAAGCCCAACGCAAUUCAGUACCACCGGCUGGCCGAAUACGCCAAAAUAGGGACUAUUCUUGAUAUAGAAGGUCUGGAUCAAGCUCUAAAAGCUCUAGAGGGCAUGCGAAAGAUUCUUCUCGAGGACUGGCUCACGGAAAUCGGCUGCGAUUGCGCUGUCUUUCCCGCUGCUGGCGAUGUCGGACCUGCCAACGCAGACUCAGACUUUGAGGGGGCAUCACUGGCUUGGCAAAAUGGCGUCCACUACAGCAACGGAAACAGAGCCAUUCGACAUCUCGGCAUACCUACCGUCUCAGUUCCUAUGGGCAUCCUGAGAGACAAGCGUGUGCCCAUGAACCUCACGUUCGCUGGCAGAGCUUAUGAUGAUGUCCAACUUCUGAGAUGGGCGAACGCUUUCGAAUUAAGAACAAAACAUCGCAGUCCUCCGCUACAUACGCCAUAUCUUGAAUCUGAUCUUGUUCAACUUUCAAACAACAAGAAGAACAAAUCGCCGAGGCCAAAGCUAAUUAUAAGCACGUUCACGACGGUGCCAGCAUCUGAUGACACUAACCCGCUGUUGGCUGAUAUUCUUGUCGAAGGAUCCGUGACAAUGAGUGCGCCAAUGGAAGAUUUGCCGGAAAUUGAGAUUACCAUUGACGCACAAACACUUCAUCCAAGUUGCAUCGACAUACAGAGACAGUCCCAGUCUCUAGAGGGACAGUUGGUAUUCUCAUUCAGGUUCAGAACGAAAACUUCAAAGCCUCCCACAAAACAGGGUUCAGACAUGACGCUGGCUCCAGUUGCUCGAGACAAGAUUAUGGUGGUGGUUCUAGCAAAGGCUCCAGCAAAGGGUAGCCCAUCAGGCUGGAUGGGGCUGAUUUAG